AGGAAAGAGCGAUUUUAUCAAAUGACCGCACAGGCACUAUCAAUUUUUCAUGUUUGAAGUGUCACCUUUUAACUGCAAGUUUGCGUUUUGGAGAAGACUGCCAAUGUUUCAUAGCAGGCUAAAAACUGUCAUCUUUUCAUCAACAUGGAAGAAAGACAUCGAGAGCGAGGCCCUGUUGCUUCAAAGUCCCAAGCAAGUCAAUUACAAGUUUGGCCAGCUGAGUGAAGAAUGUCAACUUCAAAUGAAAGCGUUGCUACAAAGGGCAGUUGAGAAUUAUUGUUCCCCUUCACUUGGCACAUUUGGACACCAAUCUCUGAGGCCCAUUUUCCAUCACUCACAUCACUCCUCACCAACUUGGCAGAGUGGAACUAUUUGUAUCCUCUGGCCUCGUGCCCUUCCAUCGGUGGCGUGCUCCGGUGGUGUGUUGGUGUACGAUGGCGUGGUGGGAUGCUGAGGGCUGCCGCGGGAGACUGUGAUGUCAGAGCCCAACAGCCCGGGCGAGAGCCGGCGUGGCGCUCCCAGAUUCUUCGUGGGCUGCGAAGACGAUGAGAGCGAGGUCUUGGAUGAUAGCAUAAGAACAGACAUGGAACUGUUUGAGGACGACGAAGACACAGACUCUCCACCUGAGCAACAGAUCGUCGUAGGGAUAUGCUGCAUGAUGAAGAAGUCAAAGUCCAAGCCAAUGACCCAGAUCCUGGAGAGGCUAUGCAGGUUUGAGUACAUCACUGUGGUCAUCUUUCCUGAGGACGUCAUCCUCAACGAGCCAGUGGAAAACUGGCCAUUGUGUGACUGCCUCAUCUCGUUCCACUCCAAAGGAUUUCCACUUGAUAAAGCAGUGAGUUAUGCCAAACUGAGAAACCCUCUGCUCAUCAAUGACUUGAACAUGCAGUACUACAUACAGGACAGGAGAGAAGUAUAUCGUAUCUUGCAAGAAGAAGGAAUAGAUCUGCCACGCUAUGCUGUGCUGAAUCGUGACCCAGAUAAACCAGAUGAAUGUAACCUAGUUGAAGGUGAGGACCAUGUGGAGGUGAAUGGAGAAAUAUUCCAGAAACCUUUCGUUGAAAAGCCUGUCUGUGCUGAGGACCACAAUGUCUAUAUCUACUAUCCCACUUCUGCUGGUGGUGGCAGCCAACGUCUCUUCAGAAAGAUUGGAAGCAGAAGCAGUGUGUACUCACCAGAGAGCAAUGUGAGAAAGACUGGUUCUUACAUCUAUGAAGAGUUUAUGCCAACAGACGGCACAGAUGUGAAGGUAUAUACUGUGGGGCCUGACUAUGCUCACGCCGAAGCUAGAAAAUCUCCUGCUUUGGACGGAAAGGUAGAACGGGACAGUGAGGGCAAGGAGGUUCGUUACCCUGUUAUGCUUUCAGCUAUGGAGAAAUUGGUCGCCCGUAAAGUCUGUUUAGCAUUCAAGCAAACGGUUUGUGGCUUUGACCUUCUUCGAGCCAAUGGGCACUCCUAUGUGUGUGAUGUCAACGGUUUUAGUUUCGUGAAGAACUCUAUGAAAUACUACGAUGACUGCGCUAAGAUCCUAGGGAAUAUUGUGAUGCGUGAGCUAGCACCUCAGUUUCAAAUUCCAUGGUCUAUACCUACUGAAGCAGAAGACAUUCCAAUUGUGCCCACUACUUCAGGGACUAUGAUGGAAUUACGCUGUGUGAUUGCUGUAAUCCGCCAUGGAGACAGAACACCAAAGCAGAAGAUGAAGAUGGAAGUUCGCAACCCCAUGUUUUUUGACUUAUUUGAAAAAUAUGGAGGGUACAAAACAGGGAAAUUAAAACUAAAGAAGCCGAAGCAACUGCAGGAGGUGCUGGACAUCACACGGCAGUUGUUAGCAGAUCUGGGUCAGCAUAAUGACUGUGAGAUAGAAGAGAAAAAGUCCAAACUUGAACAGCUGAAAACUGUGCUAGAAAUGUAUGGACACUUUUCGGGGAUCAACAGAAAAGUGCAGCUGACCUACUUGCCGUAUGGGCAGCCCAAAACAUCCAGUGAAGAAGAAGACGCACGAAAGGAAGGUCCAUCUCUGCUGCUUGUGCUGAAAUGGGGAGGAGAGCUUACACCUGCUGGCCGGGUGCAAGCUGAGGAGCUUGGAAGGGCCUUUCGUUGUAUGUACCCUGGUGGACAAGGAGACUAUGCCGGCUUUCCUGGCUGUGGGUUGCUGCGGUUGCAUAGCACAUACAGACAUGACUUGAAGAUCUAUGCAUCUGACGAAGGCAGAGUGCAGAUGACUGCUGCCGCAUUUGCAAAGGGCUUGCUGGCCCUGGAAGGUGAGCUGACUCCAAUUCUGGUGCAAAUGGUCAAGAGUGCUAACAUGAAUGGGUUGCUGGAUAGCGACAGCGACUCGCUUAGUGGCUGUCAGCAUCGUGUCAAAGCUAGACUCCAUGAGAUUCUACAGAAGGACAGGGACUUCAUUGAUGAAGACUAUGACAGGCUGGCUCCAACAUGUAGUGCGUCAUUGGUAAAUUCCAUGAAAAUUGUCCGAAACCCAGUGGCCACAUGUGAUCAGGUAUAUGCGCUCAUUCAGAGCCUUACCGCGCAGAUCCGCAAAAGAAUGGAGGAUCCAAAGUCAGCCGACCUGCAACUUUAUCAUAGUGAAACACUGGAGCUGAUGUUGCAGCGCUGGUCCAAACUUGAAAGAGACUUCCGCAUGAAAAAUGGCCGCUACGACAUCAGUAAAAUACCUGACAUUUACGACUGUGUAAAAUACGAUGUUAUUCAUAAUGCUACUCUGGGCUUGGAGGACACACUGGAGUUGUUCAGACUUUCUCGUGCUUUAGCUGACAUUGUCAUCCCGCAGGAAUAUGGCAUAAAUAAAGCUGAGAAGCUGGACAUUGCAUAUGCCUACUGCCUUCCACUGGUCAGAAAGAUCCAGCUUGACCUUCAGAGGACUCAUGAGGAUGAGUCUGUCAACAAGUUGCACCCUCUAUAUUCACGUGGUGUCAUGUCGCCCGGGCGACAUGUGAGGACACGUCUAUAUUUCACCAGUGAAAGUCACGUUCACUCUCUGCUGAGUAUUUUCCGUUAUGGUGGUUUACUUGAUGUGAGAUGUGAAUCACUUUAUCAAAUGGAUAUUCUUGCAGGUGACACUAAAACAGUUUCUAUCUUUUUGCAUAAGGAGGAGAAAGAUCAGCAGUGGAAUCGUGCCAUGGAUUAUCUCAGCGCUGUUUCUGAACUCAACUACAUGACUCAAAUUGUCAUCAUGCUAUAUGAAGACAACAAUAAGGAUCUGUCCUCAGAGGAACGCUUCCAUGUGGAGCUUCACUUUAGCCCAGGAGUUAAAGGUGUUGAGGAAGAAGAGAAUGCACCCACCGGCUUUGGCUUCAGGCCGGCCUCUGCAGAGGUUGCACGACAGAACGGGCAAAAACAGACAGACCCAGGAAGCUUGGAGGACCUCUCACGUGAUGAAACUGACAGAGCUGUACCUUUGUCUGAACCCAUCACUAUACAGAGAAGAUCACCACUUAUACGUAACCACAAAACUGGAUCAAUGGAGGUUCUGUCAGAAACUUCAUCCUCCAAAGUGGGGAGUUAUCGCCUCUUUUCAUUUUGCUCUCGUCAGUCACCUGACAUUAAACAAAGUGGAUUGGGCUCUCAGUGUGCCGGGCUGUUCAGCACCACUGUCCUAGGUGGGUCCUCUAGUGCCCCUAACCUGCAGGACUACGCACGUGCGCAUCGCAAAAAAUUCUCCACCAGCAGUCUGUCCUACAAAGACGAAUUGUUGUCUAUGCCGGCAGUAAAACGAUUUUCUGUGUCGUUUGCAAAGCAUCCGACUAAUGGCUUUGAAGGAUGCUCCAUGGUCCCCUCCAUCUACCCCCUGGAAACACUACACAACUCAUUGUCACUCAAACAGGUCAAUGAGUUCCUCACGAGUGUUUGUGAGAGUGCCGGAGAUCCACAUACAAGGACCACCAGAGCUUUAUCAGCCAUGUUUGGGGCACACAACCAUCCUUCUGGGGAUGGUUCGUACAUCCCCCACAGAGUCCUCUCGUCAUCCAUGUCUCUCAGGUCUCGUUCGGACAAACCUCCGUGGUACAGGAGAAUACAGCAUCGGGACUCCUCAAAAUGUCCCAAGGGCCGAAAGGCCCACGUUCAUGGGGCAGCCAAAAAGUACUCAAUCAAAAACAGCAGUGGUCCAUCUAGCACCGUAUCCAGUGCCGGUCCAUCUUCUCCCACUACAGCCGACACCUCCCCACGCUUCAGUUUCAGUGAUAAGAUCGCCCUUACUCCUCAGAGUAGCGAGGAAACCCAUUCCGCUCAAAACCUCCCUUCUCAUCCAGCUCCUCCCCCGGCAUCGCAAGUUCUAGACCCGAAUUUGUCCGCUGUUUCAAGCCCUUCUGAAACAGCGCAAACGCCUAAAAACUCUCCAGAGAAUCAUGGCGAGCAGUGUGACAGUACUACUCACACAUUUGAUGAGCGCGCGCAGGAAAGCCAAGAGGCGACUUGUGGGGUCGCGGACCUUUCCGGAAGUGGCGACGCUGGUGUGAGGCCACCCUGCUCCCCACUAGCUGAGCUCUCGCUAGGUCGGAUGGAAGGCUUCUGCCUCCCGAGCUCGUUGCCGGUGCUCUUGGAGCUCAGAGAGAGCAGCAGUGAAGCGGGUUCCAGCUCCCAGACGCCUAUGUCGCCUGAAGGACAUGAUGAGUUCUUCGAUACUCAAGAGUCCAUGGACUUGUGGAUGGACAGUCCCGAGGUUCUCCCGGAAUCGGAGACGCCCCUUGAGAUCCAAGAUGAUCCCCCAGCAGAACAGGGACACUUGCAAGGGUGAACAAAAAACAUCACAGGCAACAACUUUCCUCAGCAUUAUCAACCGAGUGCUGAGCAAAAGAAAAAAAACUGCGUUUCUUCUGUCUGCUGUGAUUCAGCAUUAAUUUGGCAGUGCCGUACAUGCUUUUCGUUGCCUAAGGAAGACACACUGAUGGAGCCGAAUCCAACAAACAGGCUACUCUAUGUAAAUUGACACUAUGGUUGAAAAUAGUUUAGUGUCUUGUAUACAGGGUGAGCAUUGACAAUACAAUCACUUUUCAUUAAAACAUAUGUGUAAACUAUUCUACGGAAACCAGAUAUUGGUCGAAUGUUUUGGGUGCAAAAUGAAACAUUGUGCUUUUAAUGAGUUUUGCAAAGCUUCCAAAACAUUUCCAAGACGAUUAGAAUUGGCAAAGUCGUUGUAUUUUUCCCCUCUGUGAAGUUGGCCCCCCAUCAAACACAAAUGUAUAUGAAAUGUCAAUUGUUUGUGCUGUAAAAAAUUUUGUUUGUGCUGCUAUCGUUUUUGAGAUAUUUCCAAAUGUUUCAUAGGUCAAUCUGAGGUCAACAAGCCUCCCAUUCUUAUCAAAAAUGGUGUCAAUUGUUUAUGGUUCGUUUGUGCUGCUAUCGUUUUUGAGAUAUUGAGAUAUUAUUUUCAAGUGAUGACAUCACAAGCAACCCCAUCCACAGCGGAACAAAAUCGCAAUGGUGCCAUUUGUUUGUGCUAGGCUGUGCUCAUUUUAGCUGCUAUCGUUUUAUUGAGAUUAAUUUCGGGUGAUGACAUCGGAGUUUUUCCGUAUCCAAUUCCCAUGACUGACGGAAAGUACCAACUCUCUCAAUAAGAGAGGUGUGUCACAACAACUAGCAUAAACGAAUUGCAGCCCUUCGGCUCCAUUUUGCAGUAAAUGCGGGGGUGGGGCUUAAGAUAUUAUAUCACUAUCAGGACCAGAAGUGGUGCCAUUGGUUUGUGCUACGUUUGCGCUAGUUGGGACACCCCUCUGUUAUUGAGUUAGUACUUGUUAGUUACUUUAUUUAGUUACUCAGCUGGGAUGGACAUGCUGCAUUUAACGUCACCACUCGAAAUUAAUAUCUCAAUAUCUCUAAAACAAGCAGCACAAACGAAAAUUUUCACAGCAUAAAUCUAGCACAAACGAAUGGCACCAUUGCGGUUCUGUUCCACCGUAGAUCGGGGGCUGCGUGAUGUCAUCACUUGAAAUUAACAUUUCAAAAACGAUUGAAGCACAAAGAAACUUUUUACAGCACAAAUGUGGCACAAAAGAUUUACAUUUUCAUAUAGUUUUGCAUCUGAUGGGGAGCCAACUUCAUAGAGGUGCAUUUUUCUCAUUCAAAAGUUUAAGAUUAUUAAAGUGGCCAUUGGGCAGAUGUUUUUCCACCUGUUUGAAGUCAUUAGUAAGUAUGCUGUAUACAAAUAGAGGGACCUCUGGCCCUAAUUUCAAUCAGUUAUAAAAUAUUGAAGUGAAAGUUUCUGAGGUGAGAGUUCACUCCUACCCCAAUUUGAAUCCGUGGAUAUUGAAUUUUCAAUAUGUGGUUAAAAUCCACAAAUCCAGAGGGUAUCUAGUUUCAGUAGAAAAGCUCACAUACGCAGUAAUACCAUGUCUUAAGUGUGCUUUAGCUUCCUGAAGUGAUGAGUCAAUUUUUUUUCCUUUUUGGAUAGGGGGUUGUGAGCCAAUACUUAAGGCAUAUGAGCAAGCUUCAUUGCUCGAUGCCAGCAUUUUUGCAAGUGAAUGUAAAAAAAAAAAAAAAAAGUCAAAUGGUAAAACUUAUAUGUCAGGAUACUACUGUAUUUCAUUUUCUGUUGCUUAAUUACUCUAAAAAUCAGCACCAAAUGUGAAAAUCAGCACCAAAUGUGACUGUAACAAAAAAUAAAUCUCAUCUGUUACUAUAUAUUGAAUAGGUCAUAUGUGCUCACAAUCCAAAACAACAAUACAGUAGUUCCAAAACGUCUCUUGUUCAGCGAUAAUUUUGCAAAGUUUGCGCUAUAUUUGUAUACAAAAUGUCAAACUGCCCAAUUCCUUUUAAUAUUACCUGUUAGAAAAGAAAUAUUUUGACAAAUUUUAUGGGGAGAAGGGUAUUUUCACUAACUUUUGUGUAUUGUUCUAACAUUUCCUUGAAAGGUGCUUUUAUUGUGGCGGGCAGUAAUGUAGCAGACAUGCGCCAGAGGGGCUGUAACGCACGUUGGGAAGCAAUUCAGGCUGGUGUGCUACUUCUAUUUGGGAUCCUAUUCUGCGAGAUAGCGGAUGUUUCAUCACGUCUUGUCUGUGUACUGGGAAAAUAAUGGCACAGUUGUAUUUGGUGUGCUGCUCUUAUCUUUCAUGUAGUAUGUUGCUUUCCCACAUCCAAUAUUGGUAUCAUUGAAAUCGUUCAAUGUAUACUUUCAAAAGCAUAUGGGUAAAGACAGAAUUAAUAACAAAUGAGCUGAAAAGUAUGUUAAGACAAAUUCUUUUAUUUUGGAGUGACAUGAUUACAUGAUGAACGCCAAUAAAAAGGUUCAUUGAAAUAAA